AUGCGUCGUGGGUGGUUCUGCCGAUUGGCUGGAUCGCUAGCCGCGGCCCUGAUGGUCGCGCUGUGCGUGUUCAACUUCAUAAUGACACCGUACUUUGAGUGUCAGCUUGACGGAGACACCUGCGACGAAAGCGUAAGUAUGAUGGCCGGCAUCUUCGCCCGGUCGGUGAGCAUCACGUGUCUGGUGACGGUGGCCGUCGUGUGGCGCAGGUACCGCGGUGCAAUGGUGGCGUACCGCGAGCGCGCCGAGCUGAUCGACACGUACUCGGCACCGGCCACCGCUGCGGCCGCCUCCGCCAAUUCGCCUUACGUCGACCACUCAACGUUCGCCGGUGUCGUGUUGUGUGUGUGCGUGACGCUCAUCUUACCCAUCAACUCGUUCCGUUUGUAUCGAUUUGUCAUGGACGACCGACCGGUGACCGUGAUCUUGUACUUUGCACUCAUGUACUCUCAAAACCUGUACGUGUGCUUGUACGAGAUACACUUCGUGCGGCUGUUCUACGAGCUGUACACGAGGUACACAGACCUCAACCGGGAUAUGGAGGCCAUCGGCGAGCGGAUCGAGGACGGCCGGUGCGCGCGCGACGAGCCGCCGCCCGGCCGCGAUGGUUGGAUACCAUACGACGGGGACGACGAGCACCGACCACUCUAUCUCUAUUACUCGUCGGCCACAGGGCAGCCGCUGGUGGACGCGGUCGAACGGCUCCGGAUCAGGCACCGGCUGAUCCGCGAGGCCAUGGACGCUCUCAAGCCCACGUUUGCGGUGCCCAUCGGCCUGUCGCUGUGCAACCUGUGCGUGAUGAUCCUGUUCGACGUCUACUACCACCUGAAAAACUCGGUCGAUCAACCCGCCGGGGACUUGGCCAACGUGUACAUAUUCCUGUGGAUCGCCCAGUACACCUUCCGAUUUUUCGUCAUCACCAUGACGGUGGACGUCACCGUGAAACAGGCACUCAGGUCGAAAGAAACAAUAACGGAUGUGAGCAGGCAUUGUUUAGAUAUUAGUACGAAAGAAGAGUUACAAAUAUUUUCAAAUCAAAUAUCUAGUACUGCGAUUGAAUUUACGAUGUGUGAUCUUUUCAGUUUAAAUGCACGCCUCUUCACAUCUGCUGUGGGUGUCUGUAUCACGUACCUAGUAAUAUUACUCCAGUUCAAAAUAAAGGUGGAUAAUGUUUAUUAG